ACUUGCAUGGUUUGGCAUUUCUGAGCCAGCUCACCUAAUAAAAAAGCAGGGGAGUAGGUACAGAAAAGUCUGGUGGGGCUAGCUUCUCCAUAUUGCUAAGGACAUCACCUUAUUUUCAUAGUUUCGUGAUGAGGGUCCUUACUGUGCAGGAGGGUAGAGAGGUUUCUGGAGCGCUGCAUGAAUCUCAGGAUGCUGCCACCUCUUAACACGCACUAGAGCAUUUUUCAGUCCAGUGGUCUGUAGACAUCCAGAGGCAGUGAAAAAUACCAUACACAAACCUCCUACGCACAGCCUGCUACCCUGGGGCAGGGAGAGAUGAUGCCAGCAGCUGGCAGAGCCAGAGCUGACUUCCAGCUCUUAGCCAGUGAAUUGGUUGUGGCCAUACGGGAAAGCUACAAGUCAUAGAAACCACCACCUUUUGUUCCUGCACUGAUGAAUACUGUGUCCCACUGCACAGCCACAGGACAGAAGCUGUUCUGUAGAUGCACUGUCAGCUCUGGCAAGGCAGUCCCGAGGCUUAGACAGGUCAGAAAGCAGUGACCAGCAUGCAGGAGGCAGCUCAGGUGAGCCUGCAGGUGUUAAUGCAGGCAGCGGAUUGCACUUCAGGCUCACAUCCUGCAAGGUGCAGAGUGAGGACACUGCUGGACCAGCUACUCCCCUGCUCCACCUGCUGCUCUCCCAGGCUGCAUCCCACAUAGGCGCCCACAGAGGCUCCUUGCACAGCUCAGAGAAACAAGCUCAGCAACAAUCCUCUCCAUUCAGUAGCUGCAGCUUUCACACGGGGAGAUGGAGGUUAUUUCCUCCCAGUGCUUUGUUGUUAUUUUUUUAUCCUUUUUUCUUUCCUUUUAAUGAAUCAGUCCCUAGGUGAAAAUAAUGCAUUUGUUUAAACCUGAUAUUUCAUGUUGAGCAAACUGCUCUUCCUUUGUCUCUUACUAUUUUGUUCAUUAUUGUGCUAAGAAUCUGCUAUUCUACACAAAAAUUUUAAUAAACUGUUUGUUGUUGUAUCCAGGUAACAAGCAUGGAUCAGACAGCAAAGGACAAAGCACUCCAGCACAUGGCAGCAAUGUCAUCAGCUCAGAUAGUCUCGGCUACUGCUAUUCACAACAAGCUGGGCCUGCCAGGAAUUCCCCGUCCUACAUUUCCUGGGGCACCUGGGUUUUGGCCAGGCAUGAUUCAAACGGGGCAGCCUGGAUCCUCGCAAGAUGUAAAGCCAUUCGUUCAGCAGGCCUAUCCUAUACAGCCAUCGGUCACAGCUCCCAUUUCAGGAUUUGAGCCUACGUCAGCUCCAGCUCCCUCAGUCCCUGCAUGGCAGGGCCGUUCAAUUGGUACGACCAAGCUCAGGCUGGUGGAGUUUUCGGCUUUCCUUGAACAGCAGAGGGAUCCCGAAUCAUACAAUAAACACCUCUUCGUACACAUUGGACACGCUAACCAUUCUUACAGUGACCCACUGCUUGAAUCGGUGGACAUUCGUCAGAUCUAUGACAAAUUUCCUGAAAAGAAGGGCGGUCUAAAGGAACUGUUUGGGAAGGGGCCCCAAAAUGCUUUCUUCCUCGUAAAAUUCUGGGCUGACUUAAACUGCAACAUUCAAGAUGACACAGGAGCCUUUUAUGGAGUCACCAGUCAGUACGAGAGCUCAGAAAACAUGACAAUCACCUGUUCCACCAAAGUCUGCUCAUUUGGAAAGCAAGUAGUAGAAAAAGUAGAGACUGAAUAUGCAAGGUUUGAAAAUGGCCGAUUCGUGUACAGAAUAAAUCGCUCUCCAAUGUGUGAAUAUAUGAUCAACUUCAUACACAAGCUGAAGCAUUUACCAGAGAAAUACAUGAUGAACAGCGUGUUGGAAAAUUUUACGAUUUUAUUGGUUGUAACAAACAGGGAUACGCAAGAAACCCUGCUCUGCAUGGCUUGUGUAUUUGAAGUGUCAAACAGCGAACAUGGAGCACAGCAUCAUAUCUACAGGCUUGUAAAAGACUGAGCAGUUAUUUAUAUAUACACUUCAUUUCACUUCUUUAUCAAAACACAGACUGUAAACCUCAACACUAAGUGGCAGUGCCUCUGGCCCAACUUUCACCCACAUUUUUCUAAAUCCUGUUUCAGUGAAGUCAUUUUUAAUGUGUUCAUAUAUAAUUGUAGCUGUGAAAUUCUGGUACAGUUGUAAAAAUUAUUUCUAAAACUAAGUGUUCUUCAAAUUUGUAAACCACAGUUCUUUGAGAAGACUGUAUUUAAGAACCUAAUGCCUCUGUCUGUGGAGGCCUAUUUUUAAUUCUGAUAGAAAAAUGUAUGACAGAGCAUUUGCCAUGGGGAAAACCUGACAGCAUUUAUAAGAAUUUAUUUUGGUUUUUUUUCCAACAUGAAAUACUUGUUUUACGAUGCAAGUGAAAUUGAAAUGAAUCUUUAGCUAUAACUGUACAUGAGUACACAAAGUUAAUAAUCUUUAUAGAAUUAUCUUUGUAACUAAUUAGGGUGGAAGAUAUGGACGAAUGUAAUUCACUAAAUUAUUUUUUAAAAUGAAACAUUUUUCUGUUUGAAGCCAAAUGAAAAAAACAUAGCCUUAAGAAAUGCCUGAUACAAACAGACAGGUCCUAAAAUUAGGCAAAUUUUGUAUUUUUUUCUCAAUGCUAAAACUAAUCCUCUAAUCCAUUAAACUUUCAAACAGGUAUUGCAGAGAAAGAAAACAUCAUCCCUUACCCCUAACAUAUCUAGUGUAUUUUAAAAGAAUAUAAAGUUGUAUUGUACUAAUAUGAAAAUUUGAUUAUUUAAUGAAAAAGAUGGCUCAUUUUGCAAUAAGUAGGUAAAUACUGAAGAUUUAGACUCGCAUUAUAUGUAGUCUUGUGUGUGCGGUUAUAUUUUAUAUAGACAACUAUGUUUUCUAAUAAGUUGAGCAGAAAACUUGCAACUCUGAAAUUAAGAGAUGAACAGAAAAAAACUGACAUUGCGACAGCACUGAGUAAUUUGUAAACUGAAAGCAAAAUACUAAUGUCUUUGAUAGAUGAACAUAUACACCUCUGAAAGGAUCAACAGCUUUAAUAUCUAUGAGACACAAGAAAACCACAACCAACAUCAGGCAAAGAAGACUGGAAAGUGGAGACAUUUUUUUUUCUCCUUUUCCUCUUUCUCAUGGUGCUCUUACACCUCUCCCAGUUGUCUCUCCAGUUCAGACUGGCAAAGACCUUAUCAGAAACAACCACAUGUGUACCACACAGGGUCUGAUGUCCUUUUGCCUCCAGAUGUGGUAGCAUUCAUCCUUCUGAUCUAUUCAGGGAAGACUCCAGGAAGUGAAGUACAGCUGGAGAUAUUUUAAUACUGUAAGGAUUCAAACCAUGGAUGUGGGUGUGAGUGAUUGUCUGAGGUACACACACGCAAGAGAAGUAGUCUUAUUCCUCCUGGCUGCACCGGUGUUGCUCAGUUUCACUUCUGCUGCUGCACAUGCAACACUUCCCCGUCAUUGCCCAAGCAGCAGUUGUUCCACCAGGUGCUGGGCCAGCAACAGCUUCUCGCGUGAAACAUUUGUCUGAAAGGCUGAAGCCUGCCCAGCCAAGCACAAGCCACCUUAAAAGAUCAGUCAUGAGGUAUUGGCAAAGCGUCUUAGGAAGGUCUUCUGUGGACCUGAAUCAAAGAAGUUAACAUUUAGCAGGUCCCUCCUCCCUGUCCUUUCCAAACACGUGUCCAUGCAUGGUUUAAGUAUGGAAUUUACUCCCAGGCACAGUGCUGUAGUCUUCAAAAUAGCCAGUCUCAAUUUUUUGAUACUGUAUUUCUGCAUAGUGCCCUCUGUUAGAAUUGCCCACUGUUAGAUUCCGUGGAGGAGAAUACAGCUGAGAGAUGGUAGUGGGUUCCUGUAGGUCUGUGUCAGACCAGGUUUGUCCUUAACACUGGUGAGGACUUGGGUUAGAGGACAAUAAAAACAUCACCGAGGGGAAGGGAGACUACUUAAAUUCCUUAGCCUACCUCUGAUCUAACUCCAGUAGGUGGGUGAUUGCUGUGAUGUCUAGCUGUUACUGGCUUGUGGAUAUUAGGGCUGAUGAUCUUUUGGUUUAUAUUCCGUGAACCGAACGGAGAAAUAUGUCCAUGGUAAGGUCUCUUUUAAUACUCAUUUUUAACACUAACAAUCACAUCAGGAAAAAGCACUGCAUUGUAACAGCCUAAUGGUAGCCCUUUAUUCUAAGCACUUGGUGUUACAAGUCAAAAACUACUUUUUUUGUUUUAUUAUGUUCUAAAGUUGUCUUUUAUUUAGGGUUUGAAUUGUGGUUUUGGUGAUUUUAUUUUUUUUUUAAUAACAAGCAAACUCUUUGAGGCAUAUAAAGUAUGUAAGUCAAUUUGCAAAACCAGGUACAGUUUUUUUCAUAGAAUCUGGCACAUUACAUAUGCCAUAACUAUAGGGUAUAAAAAGUCACAAUGUUUAUUGGUGUUCACAUAUGUAAUAUUAGGGAAACUACUUCUAUUGUCUUUUCUUUACAUUUCUGUAAAUGAUCCAUACCCUGUAUAUGUUAAUUCUUAAAAGCCUUAAUCCUUCAACUGUUCGGUGUGGGGUGUGUAGUCCAACAGGCUGCCUGUAAACUGUGAGCUCUUUUGUAAGCUGGAAGUACUUAUCUUGUUA